GCGGGGUAUGUUCCAUGGGUAUUUAAGAUGAAGCGUUGUCGCUUGAUUGCAUCACUUCAAUUUUACUGGAUCAAAAAAUGCACCGAUGAUUCCUGAAAUCUCUCUGAUUAUGAUGCAGUCCCUAUUUACCCAUCAAGUUUGACUGGAGAUCAUCUAUUCUUUGAUUGCUUUACAUGGAUUGAAGGCUUUUGAAGCGCUCCAAAGUGAUGAAUUUGACAGCUUCACUUAAAUUAUGCUUGCAGUCGACUAGAUAAUUUCAUUUGUUCUCUCGAUCGAUGACAUUUCUUAGAUGCGUAUAGAGGAAAAUCAAAAUGAAAUUUUCAAAUGUAUUUGUAUGAUAUUGAUGCAUGAGAAGAAUGCAAGAUGCCUGCCUGACUUCGUUUAAUGAGUUCUUAAUAGGCUUGGAGGGAAAAUCUCUUCAACAGCGACAUUAUUUGGAACACUCGAUUAUCGUCUAGCUGCCCAUCCUCACGAACAUUUUCGAGUCAAUUGUGUCAUCAGGGAUUGGCCUAAAUACAUUUUGUUCUUCGCAAAACUGACUUCAUUCAAAAAUUUGAAAAUGACCGAUUUUCCCGGAAUUAUAAGCGAUGAUCAGGGAGACGAGCUUGGCUACUGCGAGUCCAUUGAUAUCAGUAUGAUCAGGAAUGUGUCCGAGGAGGGCGCCCACGGCUAUUCCUAUUCUUCUGCAGAAUGGGGUUUCAACACCAUAUUCCUGCCCAUCGUCAUGAUCAUCGGCGUCCUCGACAACUGCGCUUUCAUCUUCGUAGUGUUUCGCAUCAAGAGCAUGCAGACGAUCACCAACGUGUACCUCGUCAACCUCGCCUGCGCGGAUAUGAUGUUCAUCAUCUUCGCCGUCGUCCACAAGGUCGUCAAGAUCUUGACGUCGCCGAUUUCGUACGACGAUUCCGGGCUCGGUCUCGAAGGGUGCAUGGUGAUCUUUCUCUUCCUCAGCGCAGCCUACAAUGCCUCGAUGUGCUUCAUCACCGCGGUGAGCGUCGAGAGGUACAACGCGGUGUGCAACCCACUGAAGCUUCACCAGGCUCAGGGGUCAAAGCGCUGGACAUUCACCAGAAAUGUCUGCAUCGUCUCCUGGGUGGCUGCGUUCCUCGUCUCUGGCACCUUUCUCCCAAGUUACGCCAAAUACGAGCACGUCUGCUACGAGUGGCCAGACGUCGAGCCGUACAUGAACUGGCCGACGAUGACGAGCCAUUGCAAUCCUUUCUCGCUCGUCGCUGACAGCUACACCAGCGGCGCGCAGACCAUCCCAUUCUUCAUCACCCUCAUCGUCAACUUCAUCCUGCACCACAAGACCCUGAGGGGUUUAAGCAACUCUCUGGGGAAAACAAAAGGCGAUGGAUCCCGAAGCGAACGGGACGCGAAGAUCCACAGCCAGACCGUCCGCAUGCUCGUCGUCAACAGCGUUCUCUUCUUCGUAUUCCUCUCGCCCUUCGAAUUCAUCUCCUUGUUCGUCAUGAUCAACAUCCUCAUCACCGGCGGCAUCGUCAUCCCAGGGAAAACACUGACGGUCUAUAUCUACAUCGCACGAACGCUCACGUACAUCAACUCUCUCUCUAAUCCUAUCAUCUAUACGGUCUUUUGUAAAAGAUAUUUCAACGCUUUCAAAGAGGCUUUCGGACUCAAAUCGAAAUUAUCCAGAGAUCUUUCGGUGAGCACAGUUUCCAAAGGCGUACGAUGAACGCUUCCAAUAUGUUUUGGAAGAGACUGGGAUCUAUAACAUGUUUAUUUUGUUACUGUACGUCUGGCUCGGUGGUUGCUCAGUGGUAGAGCGCCGGCCUCAUGAAGGAAGAGGACAUGGGUUCGAUCCCCAGCCGAGUCAUACCAAAUAAUAGAUUCGAGAAGGGUAACAUUAACAUAUUGUGUUAUUCAGGGCAGUUUCCCAACUGUAGUGGCUACCCUGGGCAAAUGUAAUUAGUAUUAUCAUUUAACUGUUUGAUAUCUAAUUUCUUGGUUUUCUCUAUUUCUCUAUAAUAUCUGUCAGAUAUGAUUAUUUGUAUGCGAUUCAUCAGUGCUCGUCUAUAAAUAUAUACUUAUUACGUCGUUUUUGUCAACUAAUAAAGUUAUAGUAACUACGAACGCAGAAGAAAGUUGCAUCUUCAAGACAUAAUCAAAACCAUACCAUAACUGUUAUCAUCGUUAUCAAGCAAUGGUUGUCAAAUAAUUCUCGAAGUAGUGUUUAGAAAUUAUUGUGAUUCUUCAAUACUUAUUUAAUUCGUAGUACAUUGAUAUUAUGUUAAAGUCCAUUUGAGUAGUGAUCGCAAUGAACAAUGUGUGGUAAUGAUAAUAAUGAUAAGAAGAACAAUAAUACUAAUACUAAUUCUAAUAUACUAUUACUUCUACUACUACUACAUUUUACUUCUACUAACUCUACUAUACUAUGAUGCUAUUAUGCUUACUCCUACCACCACCACUACUUCUAUAUAGUAGGACCUAUGUUUACUGUUAUUCCUGCUGCUGCUACUACUACCUCUACCAUACUACUGCUGCUGCUGCUUCUACUUCUACUACUAUUGCCACUUCUAGUACUAGUACUACUACUACUACUGCUGCUUCUACUUAUACUACUAUUACCACUACUACUUCUACUAAUACUACAAUUACUAGUUGUCAUAUUCCAUACGUAGUAUUCAAAACAUCGAUUGUUUCAAAAGUGCUCUAAAAACUCAAUUUGUUUAAAAUUGCCUUUCAGUAGUUUCCUCUCAUUGUCAUGACUGCGUUUUUUUUUUAUCAUUGUCUCUUCCUGCUCCAUGUAUUUUUUCUUAUUUUUCUUAUGCGCCUUGAGCACAUACAAUCAAUGUGGAUUUGGCGCUUUAGAAAUACUCUAUAUUAUUAUUAUUAUUAUUAUCACGACGACGACGACGACUUUGAAAGAGGGAGCCGACUUAAAGAUAUUUAUUCUCUCGAUUCAAUGAGGAUGAUAUAAAGUUACACAUCAACUAUUUGCAACUAUUCUUCCUUCUCUUUUAUUCCCAAAUAUUUUAUCCUUUCUCUUCGUGUUUUCUCGUUUUUCACUAUCAGAGGGUAGUGAAUCUUUAGCACCUCCUCUGACUCAUUGGUCCUGUUUCAUAUAACUUGUUAUGAUAACAAAUUUGCAAUAAUAGUUUAAAGCUACUGUAAUCUUUGAAUUUGAUUGGCUGAUUAUAAGAAGUCUUUAUGAAACGGGGUCCUGCUAUCUACUUGGCCGCUAUAAUACCCCCCCCCCUUAUGGUUAUCACUUAUGUUAUAAUCGUAGAGCUUUUUUUCAUUUCCAUGUUUGUCGAACAAUAAUGAUUGUUUUUUUUUAAUCAGAUUUUGUGCUGAAGCAUUUUCUUCUUUAAUAUUGAUAAUACUCUAAUCAUUGUAUUUUGUGAUCACUUUGCACAAAUGCACUAUUUUGUCUGAUGCCUAUUAGUAUUAUAUUCGUGUACAAGUUUAUCUACCAUUACGAGGUUUGUUCGUUGCUGGUAUAUGAAUAGAAACAUCAUUUCUUUUUUUCUUAUUAAAGCGGUAUUUUGUAUUUCCGAUAGUUGGAUUAAAAUGGAUUAUCUUGUGGCUGUAUUAAAACAACACCUUGAA